AUGGACGAAACACGCAACGCUGGCUGGGUAUCUCUGUCUUCCUCGGUCAACAGGCUACAGGCAUGUCGUGCACAAGACGGCGGAGCGGGCGAAAGGCCUCGCGGAAACUUCGCCGCGCAAGGCCGCCGUCGAGGCAGAUGUGGAUCCUCUGAAGCGGGGGCUGGUGUCGCGCGUUCUCGCGUCUUUUCUGCAGCCACAGAGACCCCAGACGACGGGCAGAGAGAGGAAAGCGAGGCCGUGGAGGGAGCAGCGGCGGCUGAAGAAAACACGGGGAACGAGCCGGCGGUCGCGUCUCGGAAGCCCUCUGAGAGCUGCGCAGAGGAAAGGAGACAAACACGACGGCAACUGGCGAGGAGAGGCGAAACAGAAGGCCAGCAAGAGAACGAACCCCACAUAUGUCGUCCUUCGAAGUCACCGUCAGCCUUGCGGGGCUCUUCUCGUCCGCAGGUGACACACCGGGACGAGGCUGCGGAAUCUUCAGGAGGGACGCAACACGAGGGAACGGAAGACACUCGGCAGGCCUCAGUUCGCCGCGCGGCUUCCGGUCGGCCGCUGCGCGCCUCGGCCUCGCGUGCCCCGCCUUGUCUCGCUUCGCUCGAUUCGCCGUUCUCUUCUCUCUCCGCGGCCUCUGUGCCGUGUUGUCCCGCGCUGCUUCCCUCCCUGCGGACGCCGACCGCCCAGUCGCCUACGAACCUUGGAGACUCCGCAAGUCCCCAGAAGGGUUCUCGAACGCGCUUGCUCGGCCAGCUCUCGUCGAGCGACAAGGAGAAUCGCGUGACGAAGGCAGUCAACAAGGAGCCGUCUCCUCGGACUCCUCGCUCGUCUCCAUCUCUGUGUCUUUGGUCUCGGCAAAGGACGAGGGCCGAGAAGAAGGCCCGCGCGGCCGUCUCCUCGUUUUCCCCGAGGUCUCUUGCUUCGGCCGAGACACGCGAAGCCGAAGACGGGGCGGAAGCGCUCCCGAUGCGAGCUCCUGCUGGAACAUGCAAGGCACACGUGUCUUCUGUUUCCACCGGAUUACCCUGUUCGGGGGAGGGUGGACAAGAAAGAACAGACGACACACGGAAAGCAUCUUUGCGCUCACGAAACAAAAAGGUAUCUCUCGGAGGCCGAGACCAGGCACAGGGUUCCCCGGCGCGCUUGCCGUCGUCCGCCUCGGCGCAAGGCGCGCAUGCAUCGCGUGACGACAGCUUGAGGGCCAAGGGUGAAGGACACACGGAAAGGAGAGCGGUGCACGGACGGGAAAGAGCACAAGGGAGAGCGGACUCUGAGAAGAACGGAAAAAAAUGCAGACGCAAGAAGCAGGAGGGAGGGGAAACCCUCGCUCUUCCGCUUUCAGAUCGCCGUCGGCCGCAAACCUCGUGGAAGCCAAAGACUUGUCCUCCGCCUGAGAUAACCGGCCAGGAGCCCCAGGGCCAGAGCCAAAAUCUCCCGACUGCGUGUCCGUCUUUCGCUUCUGUCCUUCCCCCUCCCGGUCUCUCUGCGCUUGCCUCUCCGACCCGGGAGCCCGAACGCGUCUCCCUUCCGACCGCGCUCCGCGCCUCGCCGGAUGGAGACGCAACUCCAAAGACAAGAGGGCCUCCGCCACCCGGGGCGCGGGCCCAGAAUCUUGGAAACCGACUCGACCCGCGUCUCGCCCUCGCCGCAGCGGCGCUGGCGACAGGCAGCAGAGGCGCCUCGCCAGGAGGGAUCGAAACCCCGCAUGCACGGACUCCUCAACAACCACAGGAGCCUCGCGUGAGAUGUGAACCGGCGACGACAGUGGCCAGCCGCGGACCGGCAGGGACACCGGCUGCUGACCAGGCGACUGGGGGCUCUGUGCUGGUCGGGGACAGAAGAGACACGCCCGGGGACCUUCGCCCUCAGAGGAGAGGGGACCCAGAUUUCGAUGUGGGAACACCUCGUCUGUCUCUGCCUUUUCCAGGAGCCGGAGGGGCUGCACGGGUCGGUUCGCAUCCUUUUGCGGAGUCGUUAGUCCAAAUGCAUCUUCAGCAGUUGCAGAUGGAAAAGCAGACCCAGCAGCUUCUGUCUUCGGCUUUAGGUGCCCAGCUGGUGCUUCCUCUUUCUGUCCUCCUGCCUUCUUUUACAUUUGGCGGUGCGUCCGCCUGCUUUCCAGCGACACUCCACACGGCGGUGGAUCAGGCAGGCGACGACGGAAGCAAGAUCCCACAAAGAGUGUCUCCUGCCAGUCUCGCUUCGUCAGUUUUGUCCUCGGACGCUGCCCCGUUUAUCGAGCCUUCUUCACUCAAGCGCUCCGGCCGUCGGCUAACAACCUUUCCAGAGGCAGCGCCUCGGGCGACGUCUCUUCCUGCUUGGGAUUCGACGAAAAGCGAAAGUCUGCGUUCGCCGUCGUUUUGCGGCGUGGCGAGUCGCGACUAUCCGCCGGUGAAGGGCCUUUCUUUCGCCCCGAAGGGGACACCGGUCUCUCUCCGCGGGGAGACGUUCCUUGCGGAGGACGACCUCUGGCUGGUUUCCUUUGUUCUGAAACGCCCCAGAAGCGAAGAGCCUCGAUGCCGUUCUCAGCGCAGACGCUCGUCCCCUUCGUGUUCUGUGCGACUCUUCGAUUGUCCCUCUUCAUCGGACCCCAGUUGCGGUGACCCGGUAGUGCUGGGAGACCAGCACGGGGGCGACGAGACACGGAGAACGCCCCACGCGGAUGCGCAAGAAGGUCCCGGAGCCCGUGCCUCAAGGGAGACAGGCGAAGACCCCACAAGGGAGGGAGGGGGAGAGAAGGGGAGCGACGAGAACGCGAGUGACUCCCAGAGGCUGCGGGAGGGAUCAGAGGGAUUCCUGGAAGAAGACAAGAAGAGCACGGAGGAGCUGAAAGAGCCAAGUGCAUCUACGUGUUCCUCUGGGGGCGCAACAAGCGGAGGGGAGGAGGCGAACCCGACGAAAACGAGUGCAGGCUCUCACCCCGGAAUGGAGAGCGCGAAGGACGCGGCGUCGGCCGCGAUUCCGUCACCGGUAAGCGAAGACAUGACCGAGGCGACAGAGGAAGACAGAAUAGAUGAAGCACACGUUCAAGGCGAAGGAGAGGAAAGGGAGGAGGAAGAACGAUGCUGGAAGACAUUCGGCGUGGCGGAGUAUGGUGACGAAGAGUCGGCGCGCGAGGCGGCUCUUCUGUUUAUGCUGAAAUUCAGUAAAGAGGGAGUCGUCAUCCUCGACGGCCAUACACAAGACAGUCUGGAUGCCGUACGUCGUCCCACGGGGUCCACAGAAAAAGAAGAGGCGGAAGACGAUGAGGAAGAAGAGGAAGAAGAGGAGGAAGAAGAAGAGGAAGAGGAAGAAGAAGAGGAAGAGGAAGAAGAGGAGGGACAGGUGAAGAUGCACAGAGAUGGAGUCGACGAGUCGAUGAAUCAAGGAGCGGGGAUGGCGUGUGCGCGGGAAGAUGGAAAGAGAAGGCAAUCAAGGCGUUUUUUUAGGAAGGGUGCAGAAAGUCGCGAUUUUUGGUCAGAAUGGAUAUUCGAUGAAGGUGGAUUGCCUCGGCAAAUCCUCGGCACGAGAACUGCUCCCGCCCCUGCUGCGCCGCCUGCCUCUUCGCACCUCGCGGCUUCUCUAUCCCCAGAUCCUCGAGGGGAUCUGGAGCUUCUGGGUCGGAAACGAGGGCGUCCACGAAAAGGCGAGCAUCGCGCGUCGUUGGUUCUGGGCAAGAAAGGGAAACGUUCCGCUGGGAGCUGUGUUUCGUUUCCGGUUUCCCUUUCCGGCGCGGACCGGGCCUUCCUCCGCUCUCGCCCUCUCCCGUCUCUUCGCAAGUGUGUGUCCCCGUCCCCUCCUGGGGAACUUCACAGAAAACGGCGAAAACUGCUGACCAUGUCGCUCGCCGCCGCUGUCUCCGAGGCCGGCUGCGGGCGAAGCGAUGCAUGUGCGCGAGAGGCGAGGCAGGUUGAGAGCCGCCUUUUAUCGGAAGGGGAGAAUCCACGGAAGAUCUUCAGGGAUCGACUGAAUGCAGUCUUGGGGAGAGACAUGGAUACCGAACAGAGAGACGACGAGGAAGCUUUGAGGGAACAGCAAGCGCGUGAACACUCGAGAAUGGGGCAACUCCUCUGUCGAAAUCAUCUCAUGACAGGCAGCUUCGUCCCUACAGGACAUGAAUGGCUGCUUGACAACCUAGACGACCUCGAAAAAGAACCCUUUUCUGCAGAACCCCUCUCCUCGGCGUGGUACCUGAUGCAGUUGAAGCUGCAUGCACUGAAGCUCCGGCCUAGGGGGCCGUUGACAGCGCGUACCGCUCACGACAUCUUAUCUUCACAUGACAAUUUCUACUUCCAUAGUCCGUACUCGCAGGAGAAUUUCCUUCAUCGGCUUCGCUGCCGUUUUGCUUCCGACGCCAGUGCACCCGCACAACAGGCUGUCGGUCGCACUUCCCACUUUGAGCUCGGGGCUUCGUCCCUUGCGUCGCUUUCCUGUUCGCCGCGAUCAGCGGAGAGUGCGCACGCUGACGCCCCGACAGCCGGAGCUUCUCCCCAGCGCGAACACUGGGCGGGCAGUCCAGGUGGAGGUCCAGCGCAUGCAGCUGGAACGGGGUUUCCCGUCCGCGCUAUAGGGGGACACCUGGCGCCUUCGCCACCGAGGCAGGAAGUGCACCGUUCCCUCCCGGCUUCGCCGUCUGUGGCGCCGCGAACGUCUCUCGUCCCGGGUCCAGCAGCAGGCGCACUGGCGAAUCUUGCCGCCUCCUUGCUGGCGAAGCACGAGUUGAAGACGGGAAGUCCGUGGGUUCUGCCGUCGCUCUCUACGCCCCAGUCGCUGGUGAGGGAGCAGGUCUGUCAGCUGCGUGCGGAUUUGCCUGCGCCGGCAAAAGCCUGUCACUCUGCGGAUCGUAUCGGAAAGACUCCAGAAGACACUGGUGCCGCACCCAUGACACAGAAUCGUGGCCUCGCUUCCUUCCAUGCUCCGCUCGCCGAAAAGUUGAUCUUGGCUCGACGCCUGCUGUAUCUCAGCCAGGGUGGGGGCGUAGGGGUGUCGGAGGCAGGAGCGACAGCGGCGAACCCGCCGCCUUCUCCGGCCGUGGUAGAGCGGGACAAGGUGGUGGAGCAGUCUGAUCAGGCGCAGUCGCCGGCGACGCUUCAGCGUGUCCAGGCUCGUGUCUUGGAGAGCUCGAAGGGUCGCCGUUCUCGCCAGGUACAGGCGAGUGUGCAGCCACUGGACGUCUUGUCUCAGUCGCAACUGGGAGGCAAUCGAAGGGAGACCGCGUCGGUUUGCAAGCAGGCGCCAGGCCAGCAGGAGGCCGGCCUCGACUCGCCAUGGAGGGCGAACGUGAAGGUGGCGCGAGACGCUCUGCAGCCCCGGAGGUCGAGGGACAGGUCCCCUGGAGAAUCAGAAGCUUCGUCCUGCGCCUCAGAGGGCAUGCAGCAGCGGGUGCCGCAGCCGACGUCUCCAAAGGCUGCAGCAGGGAUCCGCGGAGACGGCGCGCGUGACCCAGAUUCGCAGCGUGUGGAAGGCCAGCGAGCGCGCGCGUGCGUGCAACGUUUGCAGGCUGAAGACGCGAACGAGGCGGACCUGGCAGGCGGCUUGGGAGGUUCAGAGCCUGUGGGAACGGGGAGAAGGGAGAGCGGUGGCGAGACGCGGGAGGUGUGGUCGGCGACUGAGGCAGAUCAGCUUCGCACGGAGUUGAUGGAAAAACAGAGAGAGUUGAUAGCCCAGUCGCAGAUGCUGGAGAGAGAGAAGGACUUCUUUUCUGUCGAGCAGGACAAGUGGCCGGAGACGCGGAAGGAGAGCUUCUACGCGCAGCUCGUCGAGAAGCAACGCGAACUCCUGCAGUCCAUUGAGAAGCAAAAGGAACGGCUGCUGCAGUCUCAGGUGACAGCACAACAGAAACGCGAAUCCAGGUCCGCACAGGCGACAGAGCAGCGGAAGGACGCAGGGCCCGCGGGCUCCGAAACAGUGGCCCAGGCACGCGGGAACGAGCCCUGUGGGCGAGUCUCAGCUCCAGAAAAGAAAGCGACGGACGUGCAGCCUCUCCCCUGCUCGGCGCCGCGAGCGAAACAUCCCGAUGCGUCUCUUCACGCUCCGACAGGACAGCAAGUGGCGGGCAACUGCGUUCCGCAGGCGCGCAUCCCGGCGAGGGCGGACGAGGCGCAUCCCGAGUCUCCGCGGGCCAAACAGCAAACGGAGGCUGGGCUCCUCUCACCGUCCACAAGGAGCACCACGGACGAGAAACGGAGAUCCACCGAUCUUGCAGAGAACGGUUCAGCUCUGACCCGUGGAGACCGUGGGUUCGAGGGAACGAGCCAAGAGGACAGUGCUGGCGAGCAGCGUCCAGGCGAUGGGGUCCGAGAGACAUGGAGAUCUGGAGCCGAUACCGAAACGAAGCACGAGAAGCAACGCGGCGCACAGCAAGGAGUGGAGGACAGGCCGAAGACGGGGGCGUGUGGAGGGGAGCGACACGACACGCGCCAAGAGAAGCUGAGAAAUGCAACAGACGGAGGGUCGGCUACUUUAGCUGGAACCGCCGUCGACGUGCGCACAGCAGGGGCGUGUUCUCGAGCGCAUGCUUCGGCCUCUUUCGUCGGUGUUCCUCUGCUUUCCUCGUCAACCGUUGUGUCCCCAUCCGCCCUUCUGCGUCCUGCGACGCCGCGCUCUUCCGUCGCUUCUGGAGCGUCCCAGCACGCGCCUUUGGAGACCGCGUCUCCGUCGAGUUCAGCGCGUGCCUUGGGCUGUGUGACGGCUUCGAGCGGGCCUCGUAUAGAAGCCGCAAACGGCCGCACGCGUGGCGAACACGGCAGCGGAACUGCUCCCGUUGUCCCCGUUGUAUGCGGCGUGAAUCCUGCCGCGUGUCGGGCAGCGCCUCUUUUGAAUCUCGCUUCUCUGGCGCCUCUGCACCAUCUUCUGUAUCCCGCGCUCCAUCGCCAGCUCGUGGCCGCCUGUGAGGUCUCCGCAGCCCAGCGUUCGUGUGUCCCACGGGACGCUGAACUCGGGGACCUUCUCCAGAACUACCUUCUGCCGAUGCCUCUCGCAGGCGCAGCCGGGGCUCCUGGCGGCGGCGCCUUCUUCCCCGCCUCGCUGUCGUCUCCCCUGUCGUCUGUGUCUCCUCGGCCUGUCUCGGCGCCCCUUCCUCAUCUCGCCACGGGCGUGUGGGUACAACAGGGCGAGAGCGGGACCGCCCCGCUGCUGUCUCCGCUGGCGACAGAGCGUACAGCCGCUGCGCCUGGGGAGUGCGUGAAGGGAGACAGGAAGGCCGGAAGCGAGAAGCAGCCGAAGGACAAAGGGCCCAGAGGACUUGGAGGGACAGGCGAGAGCCGACAGGCGCCGUCCAUUCCUCCGCUCGAAAGACUCGUCGACAUCGCCAUGGCUUACAGCAGCUGUCUUCCGCCUUGCGCGCCUCUUCGAGGUGGACACGACGAUGGGCACAGUGUCAGUCCCGGCGCGAGAAGCAAAAAGGCAGCGCCGAAGGCUGGACCCGAUGCGUCGCAGAGACCGAACAGACUCCACCACCACCAGCCUCUGCGCUGCGUGUGGUUUCUCGACGCUUCGUCCGCCUCUGCUUCGCCUCUCGCUGCCGGCAAUGCGAUUGCCAAACAACGGCCCUCCCCGUCCCGGCGUACCUCCGUCGCCAGCUGCACGGAUGCUGCUGAGCUUCGCGAGAAAGAGAAAGGCGGAGGCCUGCGGGAAGGGCAAUGGUGUUGUUCGCGGUCACAUCCGAAAGGACGGUCGACGGGGACGACAUUCUCUGUUAAACUCUUUGGAUAUGAAGAGGCAAAGAGGCUGGCCCUGUACACAGCCCUCUACGCGUACUCUCCCCAAGACAGACAGGAAGUCCUCCAGGAGCUAAUCGACGAGGCGGUCGCAGCUUCGUCCUCCUCUCCUUCGGCUUCUCCUCUCCCUAACCCGGAGCGUUUUUCCGGCAUUCUGGAGAUGCAGCGGAAACCCGCUUCUCUCGCUUCGCCGCCCGACGCGUCGCUCGCGCCUGCGAUCUGCGUGCGUCUGGAGGCGUGCACUUUUCCGCUGCCAGUUCUCUCGGGGUCGUCCUUUCGUUCCUCGCAUGCGUCGUCUGGGGGAAGUGGAGCCAAGGCUCCUCCGGCGAAUGUGUCUCGUGCUCGGCCGAGUCUUCUCCUUUCGCACCCCGGCGCUGUCUCCCGAAACGGCAAGGCUUCCCAGUCCCGGCAGCCCCGAGCCUCACCGAGGCUUCCGGCGUUGUCGCCUUCUUCUCGGUCUUCAGUUCUGGCCGCGAGCAAGAAAGGAGAGACCAGUGGCGAGGCUGACCAAGAGACGAAGCUGCGGGCCGUGGAGACAGGAGAGAAGACAGGAAGGCGAGAAAAUAGAAGACGCACUCCCGACAUUUUCGCGGGGAACAACGAGAACGUGGCGAGAAAGCGGGAGAAGAGCCGGUCGCCUCGCUCUUUGCGUAGGCGUCAUUUUUCUUCGGGUCAGCUGCGGAUGCAAGAGGGAAGUGGAAGAGCGACGACGCGUCGUUUGGGAGUUGAGAGGGAGGAAACGAAGACGGCGCGACAGUCAACGGACUCCUUCGAGACGAACGGCAGCAAUGGGGCAGGGCAAAACGGCAGUGUUGAAUUGGCGAGCGUCUCUGGCCUGAAUGUGCGCCAUUGUCGCAGUGUCGCUGUAAAGGCGAUCGCUGGGAAACGUGGACAAAAUAGCGAAAGCGUUUCUUGCCGCCUCCGAUCUUCAUCCUCAUCCUCGGUUUCCGUCUCCUCUUCGUCUUCUGCCUCGACCUCUUCUUCGCAGUGUGGCGCUUCCUCUGUUCGACUGUCGUCUCUCUCUGGGCCGGAGCGAGGCGAGGAACGCCCGACAGGUGCCUGUCCGCGGGCCUCGCGCUCGAGAGCCAUAUGGCUUUCUUCUCGUGCUGCGACGUUGCGUUCGAGCCCUCCGGCUGCGGGCGGAGGCGAAGUUGUGGGACAGGCCAGGGAAGAGAGAAGGACUAGGAAAGGUGCGUGA